AUGGUUCAAGGUACUUUCAAGCGUCAAGUUGAAGUUGGCCGUGUUGUCCUCAUCAACUACGGUGCCGAUGCCGGCAAGUUGGCCGUCAUUAUCGAUAUUGUUGAUCAUAACCGCGCUCUCAUCGAUGGUCCUACCACCGGUGUCACUCGUCAAGCUUUCCCCUUCCGUCGUAUGGUUUUGACUCCUCUUGUCCUCAAGAACCUUCCCCGUGCUAUCGGUCAAUCCGCUCUCAAGAAGGCUUUGGAGAAGGACGAGACCGUCGAGAAGUGGGCUAAGACUGCCUGGGCCAAGAAGCUCGAACAACGCAAGGUUCGUGCUAACUUGACUGACUUUGAUCGUUUCAAGUUGGCCAAGCUCAAGAACCAACGUCGUUUCGCUGUUGGUGCUGCUGUUAAGGCUGCCAAGAAGCAAUAA